AUGGCCUCACCACCGCAAAUGCCCACUCUCAACGUCCCGCGCAAACGACCUUCGAUCGCUGGAAACUCAGGCGCGAACAAGAAGCGCAAGCCUUCGACUCUCCGCAAUUCCUUCGCGCCCGACGUGAACGGCGUCUCAGGCGCGACCACGCCACGAUUCUCUCGCUCUCCAUCCGCCGAGAGCUCGGUUGCAGGCAGUAGCAUCGCAAAUGGCGCCACCGGCAAAAAGAGUCGAGGCAAGAGGCGGGCGGACGACUCGCGCAGCAUGACGGGGGCGAGUCUGAGAGGUGGACAGGGCAGUGUGGUGGGAAGUCAGAAUGCGGCAGGAGAGGGUGGAGAGGAAGAAGACGAGGAUGACGAGGAUGACGGCGAGGGAAUGGACACGAUGCUAGAGGGAGGUGCGCAGGAUGAAGAGAACGCUUCGAAGGCAGAGCAGCAGAUACGCAUUCUCCUUGAGCGUCUUGACGAUGAUCAAACGGAGCGGUAUACUAUAUUCAGGCGUAUCAAGCUACGGAAAGAGAUCGUGCGGAAGAUCACGAACCAAACCCUCUCCCAGUCUGUCCCGCAACCUGUCAUAAUCGCCAUAAACGGCUUCACCAAAGUCUUCAUCGGCGAGCUCAUCGACCGCGCCCUGACCGUCCGCGACGAGUGGGCCGCCGCCCGCACUCAUCUCCCCAACCCGAACAUCCCGCCUUCGCUCCUCGCCACUGCCUUCCAAAGGCCCUCACAGUUUAAGGCCGACGCGGUUGCUACUCCGGAAGACAUCAAAGCUGCCGGCCUUAAUAUUCCUGUAGCACCUCCUUUAUGGGAGGAGAUGUCGAAGGACAAGUCUUUCAGCGACCGCGUUAAGGACAUGGACAAGGGUCCGUUGACGCCAGAUCACUUGCGCGAAGCCCUCAGGCGAUACAAGCGGGAUAGGGAAGGCGGUGGUGCUGGAGUUGCGGGAUUGAGCUUGGAAGGACCGGAGAGGUCGGCUGCGAGGAUGGGUGGCCGACCCUUGUUCAGAUGA